AACAUUUUCGUAGAUAUUUUUCGGAUAUUCUUCAUGUGAGGCUAUUUCCUAUUUCACGAGUAGACACGAGUGAGAAGUACUAACACUACUUCGAAGCAAUACGAAGUACGGUACGUAAUAUGUACUAGUAGUAGUUCCGACAGCUGUGUGGAACGUUCUUUUUGGUUGAUUUGUUUUCUGCAGGCAUCAUCAUACGGUACAUGUCUCACAAUGUUACAUGUUACAUCGUGAUUUUUGCCUUCUUUCGCAAGCAACACGAAUACGCCACAAGGCAAGAGGUAAUACUGCCACAAGCUACAAAACACAACGAGGAAACGAUGAGUUGCUUUCUGCCAGCCGAACAUACUGAAGUCACCAUGCGGAUGGGGGCGGUCAUGUUUUUGGGUUACGCAGCGACCUUUUCGCAAACCAUCUCUGAGGCCGCCAUCCCCAUCGAGCAAAAUAUUUUCCUAGGAAUCUUCGUACCAUUUUGCACUAUGCUAUUUCCAACACUUAUGUUCUCCUUUGGGACGUUUAUCCUACCGUUUUGGUCCAUCUUUUGUUCAAUUCAGCUGUUAUCGACCCUACUGGCGCUGAUUGCAACAGAGCUCGGAAACGCCGCUUUUGUGGUUGCCUUUUGCUUGGUUUCUUUCUGGGUCUCCUUCACUCGAUUCGACAAAGUAGAAGGAUACAAGACAAGCCUGAUUGUUAUCGGGAUCGUAAUUCAGACCGUGCUCAGUUUCCCGAAUAUCACACACAUGCAGGACGGGAUCCGCUUCUUCCAAUCUUCGACCGCUCCGAGUGGCUUCCCGCCCCUCCUCGAAGAGCAACUGUCACUUCUGCUAGAAAGUGCCAUACAUGAAGCCACAAAUCUCGGGAUUGGAACACACUCUAUCGAAAUAAAUUCGUCGUCAAGCAACAAUUUGUCUACCUCGGCGUUGGAGGGGAGGACGGCCGAGAUCUCCAUCUACGAUGACGGUUCGUCUUUGACGUAUGUUGAGGGGGGCAUGUGGCUUGUCGGAGCCGGGUGGAAUAUAUCCGAGGGUAGUUACAAUCUACAGAAUCCAUUUGCCAAAUUCGCCCACACUUUGGCCCUAACAUUAUGGAUCACUCUGAUCAUCUCCUUGGCAGUGUUAAUGCCGCCUUUUCGAACCAUGAGGAGUGCGGUCUGGAGAGAAAUGAUUCCAGAAGCAAUGAAUGAUGCCGCAAGGUCCAUCCGGUUGCAUGCGGAGCGUUUGGAAAGCGGAAGGCAGGAAGAAGCAGGGGUUGAGCAAUCGGAGACCAAAGCCGAGGAUCGAAAGCAAGCGAAGAAGAUGCAGUCGAUAGCAAGACUCGGAACUCGCGGAAAAUGCGUGAAUCACAUCAAUGCCCAUUUUGGGGGUAACCUGGCGAACUAUAGCGUGUUCGAGCCGAGGCUUUUGGCGUGCAACCCACCAGAAUGGACAACUGGUACCUUGGUGAUGCUAUCGAAAGCGGUCUCGAAGUGCGUGAGAAUUGCUGUGGGGAUCGAAAUCUUGGACGAAACCAAUAGUCAUGAUCAUAGGAGCAAAGGUCAAGGCGGGCGCUGGCAUAAAAAUAUGGGCUGUUACCUAGAGGUAGCUGAAGAGCUAGAACUGUGUGGGAAAGCCCUCAAGAUUGGUGACGCAAACCUACUAAAGGAUCUCGGGCAAAAAGCCCAUGAUGCAGAGUCUCCCACUGAAGAGUCGUGUGAUUACUACGAUCCGUUUCAUUUCCGCGAGUACAUAGACGGCGUCAUUACCCUCAGCAAAAGAUGGCUCGAGCAAAUGGAUCCGAGAUCUAGCGAAAAUUACUGCUCUUGGCAAUCGCUAACUGCAGCACGAAAAAACGGAGAGCCCUGGAUAUGGAUGCAGUUUUCCCACUACGUGUUCUUUGCAAAGACGCUUGCGAAUCUGUUUCGCAAAUCCUCCUGGCACGCCCUUCUGAAUCCCUCGCAGCACAAUACCCUGCCGCAGGUUGUUUGGUGCGCAAAGUUCGCCUUGGGACUGACGCUACUGAUGGUAUUUCUUAUUUACUGGCCAGCAUACAAGACCGGAUUUGUUGUCAUGAUGAACGAGGACGAUCCCUUUCGAUCGCUAUUUGCACAACAGAAUGGUGGUUGGGCCAUGAUAGCCUAUGGUUUUGCCACACCCCAGACAGUAGAGGGAUCUGCGAAGAAAGGCUUGCUGAGAAUGCUUGGGACAGUCACCGGGGCUUUCAGUGCAUGGCUUGCCCUGAUUGCUUGCGCAAACGAGAGCUUUACAUUCAAUUACAAUAACUAUGCGAUUGUUGCGUGGCUGACAAUUACGUCACUCCUCGCUACCUUUGUUGGUACGGAGAGGGGAUUCAAUGCCCGCAUGGGUCUUUCCAGUGACUACGGCUUUGGUCCGAUCUAUUUUGUCGUCACACAGAUUAUCAUAGUCAGUUAUGGAUAUUAUUUAUUCGACACAGCAAAGCCCUCCGAUAUCGCAAUCAACCGGAUGAUUGCCAACCUGGUGGGCAUAUCAAUGGCCAUCGUCGUCGGUCUCCUCCCACCCGGGAUCUGGGGCGGGAAUCCUCGCCACUGUCGAAACAUUGUCCGCUACCACAGGUGCAAGAUCUCGGAGGCCAUUGAGCUGGUGGCAUCGUGCCCACCGUCGCUCGGGAAAGAAGUGGCCGGAAAAGUCGCGGGAGAGCUGCGGGACCUGUCGACGGAGAUCGAAAAUCGGUCUACCGAGAUGCAGGUCAUUGCCGCCGACUUCGAGAAAGACGCUUCCAGGCUGAGGGCGAUGCCCCGCUUCCAGGUAGACCCCCGCCUGAAGAUCGAGAUCUCGAAAGUGACGAGGGACAUAUACACCGCUGCCUUUGUCCCCAAACUCGCUGCUAGCAUCCUGGAGGACGCAGAAAGGCGCAGCGCGUUGGUUGGUACCGAGAGUGUUUACCGGAGGGAGCUUUUGAAGCUAUGGGAGGUUGGCCAUGAUCCCUCUAUUGAAUCAAGCGCUCCUAUUCCAAACUUACCGAAGGCAACGUGCGAUGGAGACACGGACGCGGAGCUCCUCGUCCGUGCAAUAGCUUGGCUGCGAGACGAAUUUAUCCAACACGAGACAGUCCUCGAUAGUAUCAAGUUUGGUCUUUAAGGGAAUGUAUCUUUUUCACUCGAUCAUUAACACUCUU